AAUAUCUCCACUCCAAGCAUGAUGAACAACCAAACACAACAAGAGAAGCCAUGAAAACUCUGAUUUGUGCACCAAACUCUUCUAUCAUUCUCUCAAAACUUUCUCCAUGCAGACCAAACUUCCCAGCUUCUUACCCUACAGAAAAGCUCAACCACCCCUUCUGCACAUUAAAGCCUUAUGCUAGUGCCAAAGGCUUUUCUUCCACUCCUCCAACCGUAGGAAAGGAUGCCAAUGAGAGGCCUAUUAGAAGGAAAAACAUUGAUGAUGGGGAUGCUGAUGAUGAGCUUCCCAGCACAGUUAUUUACAGGAUAAUACGUAGGAUUUUGUUCUGUGUGGGGGUGCCAAUGGGGUUGGGGUUGAUGUUCAUGCACAUUUUUGGUGUGCUUAGGGAAAACCAAGUGUAUGAUGCACCACGGUGGCUAGCCUUUAUGACUGCUUUUUUGACUUUUGGAGCUUCCUCUGUUGGGAUUGCAUAUGGGGCGCUGUCUGCAAGUUUGGAUGCAGAAAAGGAUGGUUCUUUUCUUGGGGUGGAACAGAUUCAGAAAAACUGGGUAGAUAUGUGGCAGGAAGAAGAUGCUGCUGCAAAGUAGAUAGUUUCGAAUUAUCACCAUGUAUUCAUAGUUCUAAUUAUACUACAUAUGUCAUAAUGAUUGUUCAGAAGCAUGAUGAUUCCAGAAUAUAUAGUUCUUUCUCAUGAUUAAAGUGAUAGAUAAGUUUGCAGAGGGGUUCAUGAUGUUGUAUGAGAUGAAUUAAAUUGUGUAAUUAAGAAGUCAGAACCAUGAUUGUUGCAGUAGCUGCUACUAUGAUCGGUGAAAUAUUUGAGAA